UGUCACUCAUGUGACUGCACAAUGCCCCGAAAAGGGCAAGGCACGCGUACCCCGUCCAGCUAACUCGGGAAAUUGAGUUACGCAAGGAGAGGGGCGAUGUCUCUCCUCACUCCGCCGGACCCGGUUGCCUUGCUAGCAAUCGAUGUCACUACCGGGAAGCAUGCGUUAGUCGCUGAUUCUCGUGCUACGUACGAGGAUUAUGCCGCCCAACUGGUACCACCAUUAGACCAGCCGAGCCACGUGCAUUUAGCUAGCGUAUGCGCAGCCUGUACACCGUCGACAAGAGAUCCGGUCAGCUCGCCACUGGCUUCCGAGGACUCGACGGCGUGGUCAAGACUUGAGGAGCUUGACCCGCUCACGAGAGAGGACUUCGCUUGGAUGCCUCUACCCUCGACCGGAACCUUGCCAAGGCCGCAUUGCAACGCCUUGAUGGCAACUCUAGGCUCCUAUUUGCACACUACAAUACCAGCUUCGUUGACGGACGACGGAGUAGCGGUUGUCGAUCUCCGCUCCUAUCUUGCGAAGAUUGACCGCGAGUACGCCACCCAAUGGUACGUCGAAACCGACGCGCCUUUGCUCUAUAUCCGCAUUCAAAUCGGAAAGGCAACCUGUAGUGCCUUGAUUGAUUGCGGAGCGUCUCGCAACUUUAUGAGCCAAGCCUUUAUGGCCCGCGCAGGCCUUGGCCCGCGCGUUCGAAGGAAGACGCAACCCACGCAAGUCACACUCGCGGACGGCCGCACGCAAAAGUCCAUUGACCGAUGCGUCGACGGCGUUCCGGUAUACUUUGUGCCACUUGCGUGCGAGCCGGUGUCUUUUGACAUCCUCGACACCAAGUUCGACAUGAUUCUAGGCAUGUCUUGGUUGCGUAGCGCCGAUCAUCCGGUGAACUUUCAUGACCGAACCGUUCACAUCCGUGAUCGGAACGGAGUUUUAGUCCCAUGUACGGUCGCGACCCCUCACACUUCGAUUGCUUGCCACGUGGUUUCCGUUGCGAGAAUUCGCGACGCCAUUGCUCGGAGUGACGUCGAGGAGAUGGGCCUUCUAUUCUUGCAUGCUCUCCCCUCGCCGGACGGACCAGCCGCGUCACCGCAGGACCCACGCAUUUCUCACCUCUUGGACGAGUAUAGAGACGUCUUCGAGGCUCCCACCGGAACGGUUUCGGAUCGGCCCAUACGUCACGGGAUCACUCUCGAGGCUGGCGCCGUCCCUCCGCAUGGAUGUAUCUACCGCAUGAGCGAAGAGGAACUCGAGGUGCUUCGCGCACAACUCGAUGACCUUCUCGACAAGGGCUGGAUUCGCCCUAAUUGCUCGCCAUACCCUGUUCUCUUCGUCCGGAAGAAGAACAAAGAUCUACGGUUAUGCAUCGAUUAUCGGAAACUUAACGCACAAACCGUAAAAAACGCCGGCCCUCUCCCUCGGAUUGAUGAUCUUCUUGAGCGGUUAGGCGGCGCGACGUACUUCUCAAAGUUGGACUUGAAGUCAGGUUACCACCAGAUUGAAAUCCAGCCUCAAGAUCGGUACAAGACCGCGUUCAAGACACGGUACGGGCAUUUUGAGUGGGUUGUCAUGCACUUUGGCCUCACCAAUGCCCCCGCGACUUUCCAAGCAGCGAUGACGACUGAGUUUCGCGACUUGCUCGAUCGCAGCGUCCUCAUCUACCUUGAUGACAUCUUGGUUUACAGUAGGACGUUGGACGAGCACAUCGUACACCUUCGCGUUGUUCUGGAUCGUUUGCGACUAGCCAAGUACAAAGCGAAUCUCGACAAGUGCGAAUUCGCCAAGCAAGAGCUUGAGUACUUGGGUCAUUUUGUCACGCCGAAAGGCAUUCGUCCCUUAGCGGACAAGAUCCAAGCCAUCGUGGAUUGGCCGCAACCCCGUUGUACGACGGAUGUACGCUCUUUCAUGGGUUUGGCUGGAUACUAUCAGCGAUUUGUCGAGUCAUACUCGAAAGUGGCCGCUCCUUUGUCGAGACUUCAGUCCCCGAAGGUGCCCUUUGAGUUCGACGACGCAGCCCGUGACGCGUUCGCUACGUUGAAGGUAGCAAUGCAAGCCGCACCUGCCCUCCGUAUAUAUGACCCCACUCUUCCCACCCAAGUGACUACGGACGCUUCGGGGUACGGUAUUGGUGCCGUGUUGGAACAGUGUCACGAGGACGGUUGGCAUCCGGUCGAGUACUUCUCCCAAAAGGUGCCUCUCGUAAACACUCUCGACGACGCUAGGAAGAAAGAGCUACUCGCGUUCGUCACCGUUCUCAAACGGUGGCACCACUUUCUUCUCGGCCGUCGACGUCCUUAUGGUCCCGGCUCCAUAUCCAUUCUGGGGAGCGUCAGUCCGGUUCCUAUUCCCCCGGCAAGUGAAAAGAUUACAACGUUUUACCCACACAACGCUUCCUUCCGUCUGGCCGAAGGAACCCUGACCAGCAUUGAUUACUCCUAAGGAGGAUUGACUGUCAGCUUGCCCUGACCACUUGUUCCUCUCAGGCUUCAAUUCAGAGCCUGUCGAAUGAAUCCCUGCAAUGCGA